CCCACCAUCAUCAACCAACACGUCCUCGCUCCCGUCCGUACCUAGUGCUUCUGCUGCCCAAUCCAGUGGCCGCCUUACUUUCGAUCAACAACACCUCGUCCUCCACCACUGCAUCGUCCGCCAGGCUUGUCUGUCCGCCUGUUACUUUUCACCAGUCGCGCAUCUAUUCCCAGAAAUUGGCGCAUGCAAAUAUAAAGGACGAUCCCCUUCCGCAGUUUGUUCUGCUGCACCAGACCUAUCUUUCGUAUAAUUAAUCCGUUGCGGGUGCGUUUGCUUUGAACCUGAGGAUCAUCCCGAUCGGCUUGCGAAUGCCAACUUUCCUACCUAAUCUGGACAUUUAUACCGUACCAGGACAGCGGAAAUCGAGCUAACGGCCAUAGCAGCUGCAAUGUUCUAGGUCUCUCGGAUUGCGACCCUGCCGGGCCUGAUUUUGGGCCGCGUAGGGAUUUUCUCUUCCUCCUCUCUUCCGACAUCUCCUUCUCCCAACCUCUAACAUCAACAUCAACAUCGUCGAAAUCCCAUCUCAAUUCAUCUCAUCAACCUCGAGCUCCCACGCCCGCCCUGUCUCCGUCCGAUCCCCACUGCCCAACUUCCCCGAUGAAUGUCGCUGCCGCCAAUGGCAACGACACCACUUGACCCCCCUCUGCCGGGUUCCUCAUUCUUCGACAUCUACAACGAUGGCGCUGCCCAGCGCAGCCCCGUCCUUCUGCCCGGAGGAGCCUGCAACUACGUGGACUUGACGCCCGGUGCUAGUGGAGCCAAGUGUGGAUGCCGUCGUUUCUGGAGCCGUUUCGCCGUUGGGAGGAUGUAUACGGAUAACCUGGGUACUGACAGCUCCGUGUGGUGUAUGUGUUCGCAUCACGCCUGCUUUCACGAUGAUGGACGCGCCGCGAGCGAAGCGCCGGCGCCCACAUUCAUCCACACGCCCGUAGCGCAGGUUGUCGGCCAUGAGAACGAGAGACCAAAGAUGCCCAGAGAGCCCCUCAGUCCCGUCCAGUUGCCGGAUAUGUCCUUUCGGAUGCCUGCCGGAUUCGCGCCGACCAUGGAAUUCAUGAACCUGGAUGCUGCCAUGAUACUAUCCCCAAACAAACCCAAGGAACCCAGGCCUCUUCGACCGGAUGAUUCUACACCUCGCCCGGAAUCGACUCUUCAGGACACGUUAAGCUGGGGCGAUUUCAUCCAGUCCCAGCCCGGACAUACUGCGUUACCGCCCAUACCGGCCCAGUGUCUAAUGCAAUCUCAGCCCAGCUCCGCAGCAUCAUCCAGUCAGGCCCGUUACCUUCGUCCGUUUGCUGGGAAAGGCCUCCAGACACUAAGUGGUGUUGCUGCAUCUCAUGUACGAUCUCCACAAAGGGACACGUUCCAGGAUGCUAAAACAGCCGCCGAACAUGAUCAAUCGGCCAAGGACGGUACCGGGACAGCGGCUCCUCACAGCGAGCAUGGCGCGGAUACUCCUAGGGCUCCUCAAUUUCCUUGCGCCGUUGAAAAAGUUGACGCCGUAUUUGCUGGACCUUCCCGAGAUACCUUUCGACAUCUUUCCGAUACUGUUCAAGGACACGAACACCGGCUCGAGAGGCUAGAAAAUGUUUCCUUCUCCGCUGCUGGUCACGAGGAGUGCCACGAGAAGCACGACGCUACUGACCUCCGCGUGACUGACCUUGAAGUCCGCGUCGAGGAGGUUGAAAAGCUCAUGAACGAUAAUGGUAGUACUACAGUCCGCCGUGCCGACCGCCAAACAUUUGACGAGUCUACCAACAGUGUCCUCUCAGUUGCGACCAGCACCACCACUGCCCGGGCCGGCCACUCGGGCGAGAUACUCGGUCAGAUUGAAUCCCUGCAGGCUCAGAUUUCCCAGCUUCAGUCGCUACUCUCUACGACUGCGCGACCUUGGGAAAUCGAGGUUGUGUUUCUACCUUUCCCAUUGAAGAGGAUCUGGCAGGAGCUUUUGGAUUUCAAGUCGGAUGGUCCGUCGAGCUUGGACGAGUGGACACAAAUGCCCAACACCAUGAGCUCCGCGACUCUGAGGGCACAGUCGCCCUUUUGUGCCGAGUGGGCUGAUCCCGGCCAUGACUAUGAAUGGCUGAUGGCCAAGGCGUGUAGUCCUACGAGCAUCAUCAACAAGAGACUGGAAAGCCGCGGCCUCGUGCGAACCAUCUCCGUCAAGGGAUCCGAUGCCAGAAGUGUACAGGCCGCAAUGCACGCUGCCUUUGGUACCACCUUUUCCGAGCUAUCGGACAGCUCACGUUCGACUUCACGACAGCGCGGUCUCGACAGCAAGACGAGCCGCUUUUUGGGCCUACAACAACCAUGGGUUCCCCUCCGCAAGAUUCACAAAGACUCACGACUUCGAUUCUUGACCCCGGCAGAGAUGAUCACGCCUGCUAUCUGGGAUGUCUCGUUUCUCAAUUCGGUCAUCAUGCGGUCCUCCGAGCCUCGUCUUUUCAUCACCCAACCGGAUGCCUAUCUCCAGGAUCUGCCCGCAUACGAGAGUGGCUGGAACUGGCAACGCCUCCGAGAGAUCAGCCGAUUUUACCCAGACUUACAUGCAACUGUACCCGAGGCUGAUGCACGAGAGGACUACUGGGUGCAGAAUGACCAGCUCGACGAGACCCCAAGCGCACAGUCGUCUCUCAGCAUGCGACAAGCCGGUCAGCGGGUGCCAACUUCUCCUUCCUUACAUCAAAUUGCGAUGCAAUCUUCAAUGCGGUCCUCUAGUCCCAUGAUGAACCGUGGCCAGACACCCGCGAGGGAGAGAAGAGCCUCCAAACUUCCGUAUAUCCGCACCGCCUCGCUACCUCCCGCAGUUCCCGCAACCUUUUCACCGUCGCAGCAAAUAAAACGUCGCGUGUCGUCCUUCGGACAACAAAGAGCAGCAAUUCAUAUGCGAACCAGCCCUCCGAAUAUUUCAACAGCUUACAAACGACGCCGAACCCGAUCUCCAAGCCGUCCCCUUAACACGCCGCGCUGGACCAUAUCGCCAAGUCCUAUGCCUGGUGUGAUACCCUCCGAAGAGCGCCACCCAUCGACUCGCGGUAUCACGCCACACUACUACGCUACGCCAUACAGCAACGCGCCUCUAACUGAGACACGUCCGCGCGGUUCGGGCGGUGUCGUGGACGGUUCUCCCACGGAAGAUGACGAAAACCUGGACCCUGACUACGGAAGCACGAACCCGUAUGAUGACGACGAGGAGAGCAACUACAGCGUCGAGAUGGUGGCUCAACCAGUACCAGUACAGGAACGCGACUCAUCGUAUGCGCGGCAAAUCCAGUUGCCUGAGGAUGAGCCUUGGCCAGGCAUCGAGGACCAGGACCAUAUAUCGGACGGCGAAAACAUCGACCCACUCUUCUCCCCGACGGCCGAGGACGAUGUCCACUCAGAAGUGAGCAGCCAGCCGUCUGAGUAUCCCAGUACUCAGCGCGGCUGGCAGGUCCCUGGCACCGAUGGCGAAGUCGGCUUCCGCAUCCACGAAGAUAACGAUCGGAUGCAAGGCUGGAACUAGGAAAGAAAUUGUUGCUUUUCUCACACAUUUUGCCACUUAUUUAAUGACGAUGACGCAGCGAGUUUGGGACUUUGAACUGUCAUAUCAACCAUAUACAUUGGCAUUUCUCGCGGGCGUUCACGAGGAGUUAUGCAGUCCUUAGGCUCGGCUGCUUUUCCUUAGGGUGCGGUCCAACAGCGACUAGACAAUGAGGAGAUGAAGAUACGGGUUUCUUCAGUUAGUUUGAAGGAGGAGGCCGGAGAAGCUACAUCUUCGUUUGCAUAGGACCGUACGUCUGUUGGGUUGUAUGCUGAAUUGACGGAUCCUUGGAAAAGUGGUUUGUUUUGCCGUAUGUCAUGAUAACCGGGCAAGCUGGAACGGCCCGCGGCCACACCCGGCUUUGAUACUCCUCCUUGUUGUAUAACUAGAACAGAAACUCCUCCAAAUGAUACAAUUUGCAACCCG